GUAGUGAGAACUAGUGAAUAUAGGAUCCGCCAAGAGGUUGCAAAAACAUUCUUUUCCUUUUGUUCCUGUAAUACAUAUAAACACUCUUCUGCAUCGGGUCCUGAUUUGCUUCAGCAUUCAGCACUCACAAACCUAAUUUCUCCAAUAACGACGAUACAGAUUUGGUUCGAAUUGUUCGAUAGCUAUGGCUAGAAAGAUGCUUAUUGAUGGUGAACCUGAAUUGGGCAAAGCUGCAGAAGAAGCGACGAAUUUUGAUUUUGACUUGUUCAUAAUUGGGGCUGGAAGUGGUGGCGUUCGUGCCGCUAGGUUUUCAUCAAAUUUUGGAGCCAAGGUGGGGAUUUGUGAGCUUCCUUUUCAUCCAAUUAGCUCAGAAACUAUUGGAGGAGUUGGUGGAACGUGUGUUAUUCGUGGUUGUGUUCCCAAAAAGAUUUUAGUCUACGGAGCAUCUUAUGGUGGUGAACUUCAGGAUGCCAGAAAUUAUGGGUGGGAAUUGAGUGAGAAGGUUGACUUCAAUUGGAAGAAGCUCUUGGAGAAGAAGACAGAUGAAAUAAACAGAUUGAAUGGAAUUUACAAGCGGUUGUUAUCCAAUUCUGGGGUAAAAUUAUUUGAAGGCGAGGGAAGGAUAGUGGGUCCAAAUGAUGUUGAGGUGACACAGUUGGAUGGCACUAAAUUGUCCUAUUCAGCAAAGCACAUAUUGAUUGCAACUGGCAGUAGGGCUCAAAGGCCAAAUAUUCCCGGACAGGAGUUGGGUAUAACAUCUGAUGAGGCACUGAGUUUAGAGGAGUUUCCUAAACGUGCUGUGAUUCUUGGAGGAGGUUAUAUUGCAGUUGAGUUUGCAUCUAUUUGGCGUGGGAUGGGCUCCACAGUCGAUCUGGUUUUCAGAAAGGAGCUUCCAUUGAGAGGUUUUGAUGAUGAAAUGAGAGCUGUAGUUGCGAGAAAUCUUGAAGGGAGGGGAGUUAACUUGCAUCCGAGGACAAAUUUGACACAGUUGACCAAAACAGAUGAUGGCAUUAAAGUUCUUACAGAUCAUGGUGAGGAGCUGAUUGCUGAUGUUGUACUGUUUGCUACUGGUAGGGCUCCUAAUUCUAAGAGGUUAAAUUUAGAAGUUGUAGGUGUUGAGCUUGACAAUGCAGGAGCCAUAAAGGUAGAUGACUAUUCACGCACCAACAUACCUAGCAUAUGGGCUGUGGGUGACGUAACAAAUCGAAUUAAUCUUACACCAGUGGCCUUGAUGGAGGCAUCGUGCUUUGCAAAAACAGUAUUUGGUGGGCAAUCAUGCAAGCCAGACUAUAAUGAUGUGCCCUUUGCGGUGUUCAGUAUUCCACCGCUUUCUGUAGUUGGUCUCAGUGAGGAGGAAGCAAUAGAGCAAGCAAAUGGUGAUGUGUUGGUUUUCACAUCGUCCUUCAAUCCUAUGAAGAAUACCAUCUCUGGGCGACAAGAAAAAACUGUUAUGAAGAUUGUUGUUGAUGCUGCGACAGAUAAAGUUCUUGGUGCUUCCAUGUGUGGGCCUGAUGCGCCUGAAAUCAUUCAGGGCAUUGCUGUUGCAUUGAAGUGCGGAGCUACCAAGGCACAGUUUGACAGCACGGUUGGAAUUCACCCAUCGGCUGCAGAAGAAUUUGUGACCAUGCGGUCUGUGACAAGGCGCGUUACUGGCACUGCCAAACCCAAGACAAAUUUGUAGAAGUGUAAGUUGCAAAUGACAUCUUUUGGCGACCUUAGUUAAGAUAAGUUCUCUAGGACAUCUUUUUUAUUACCUGGGAAAGGGUUUUUACUUUGCUUAUUAUUCAAGUAUACUUCACUGUUUAAUUCGUUGGUUAGAAUAAGUGAUUUUGGCUUCCACAUUUAAUUCUUCAGUUUUGUGGAAGAUAUUAUUGACUAGUCAGUUGUUACUUCGUAUUGAGUUGAGUGUGCUUUGCUUACAGAAUUUUUCGUAAAGUAUAGACUAUUUAUUAUUUCUUUUGUCAA